GUGGAUUUUAAAAAAAUCUGCAGCGUACUUCACCAUCAGCUCAUAGCAACUAAACCCAACCGACUUCCUUUAAUAGCCGGACAGAUAUAACACGUUAUUAACUGUUGUUGUGAAGACAUGUCGUUUGUACGGAUUAACCGAAGGCCAGUGCGAACGAAGAAAGGGUCAGUUCCCAAGAAAGAAUGGGUGAGCACAGUUAAUGACCUGUCAGUGCACAAGUCUACGACUGAGGAAUUGUCCAGGCGUCAUGACAUGCACCGAUCUCGCAACAGAGCUGCUGCACAGUGGGAACUCAGGGAGAAAAUGCUGAAAAAGAGAAAGCCCAGGGAAACCAGCCCUCCUGGACUAGACCAGACUAGACUGAGGUUAUUCAGAGAGGUGUUCUCAGAUCACUAUGAGCUACAGGAUGUUCUUGCGCGGUCAGACAGAGCACUAGCGGUGGUGAAAGAUCUGUUCGGUGAUGCACCUCGCAGACAGAAAGGUUUUCCGAGUGUUACCAUGGCACCUGACUGUGAGUCGGACUCUGAGCUUCCUGUGCUGCAGAAACCGGAUCCACCAACCCAGCUGUCACUGCUCAGCCAGUCAAUGAUGGACCAACAGGCUUUAAAUGAAGUGGAUGAUUCUCCAGUGGAGCAUGGAGAAGAUCUUCAGGACGUCUCGGUCAGCUUCGACAGUGAAACGUGCAGUAGGCCGAAGAGAAAAACGUGUAAAGCAAAGCCUCCUGUUUGGAGAACAGCUCAGCAACCACAGCAGCAGAACCUGCCUCAGACUCCCUGCAAUACAACAAGUUCAGACAGCCAUGCAGCUCUGAACGCAACUGUGGCUGUGCAGCGGAUAAAGUCGAGGCAGCCUCAGUCAGAGGCAGACCAGUCCACAGCUCUCAUCAAUCAGGUCCUCAAUCCUGAACCGUCUCCCUCUCAUUCUGGUGGAAAGGGCAGGUCUUUCGGAACCACCAGAGGGCGCUCUCCUGAAGCCUCAGGCUUUAGCUCUCACACCGCUAACCAUUCGAGCCUGGAGAUGCUGCAGGACAUGCUGGCUCAGGUGGAGACUGAACUGGACUGCUUGGAGCCAAAGGAUCUUUUCGGACCCUCUGAGCAAUCCGAGCUUCAGCCUGGCCGCGGCCUUACCGGCUUCUCUGUGUCUCUAGUUGGUACUUUAGGGCGCAUCGUCGGUCAUCUGAGAAAGAGGGACGAGGAGGCACAUGUAAGGCGGAGGAUGGAAGAGGAGAUGAAGGAGCAGAGAAGCCUGAUUGAUGCCCUCACAGCAGAGUGUCUCACACUAAGAGAGGAAAGUGCUGCCCUAAAGGCGAAUCUGCAGGAGCGGAUGUCUGAGCUCGAACAGCGGCUGGACAUGGUGAUCCUUGCAAUGGGAGAGCUGGGAAAAGACCGAGACACACAGGGUGAAGAGGAAAAAGCACCAAGUAUGGGCUACCACACACGGCGUGGCCUCCAGUCCGUACCUGCUGAGAGAGACCAAGACGAGGCAGUCCCUGUCCCUCCUGCUGUACUACUCUCUCCUCCACACCAGAGAGACAGCAGAGCGCCGCCGAAUGCACGCGCCCGAUCUUUGCACUUUGAGGACUCUCGCACGCCAUGCAGCGGCUCACCAGGCGAGUCGGACAUCUCGCACACUCCGUCCUCAUUUGCUAGCCUGCCCGAGAGCGUUCUACCCCGUCCUGCCCCGCUGCUGAACCAGCUAUCCCAAGAUGCCAUGCUGGAACAGAUAGCGGAGUUAACCCGUCAAAACACAAUGAUCCGGGCUCAGCUGGAGCAAAGCCAUGCCUCUCCUACACAGCGCUCAGACAGAGGUGCAUCGCCCACUGCUGAACCCCAGCCCACACAACAGGGUGUGGAUGAUUCAGUGAGGCUCAUGGAGGACAGGCUUCAGGAGCUGAACAGACAGAGUGCAGCAGCCAGGGCCAAACUGCUGGAGCUUAUCGAUCAGCAGAGACAGACCACAUCUCACAGCGCCUCUCCAUCCAUCUCCCCCAUACCCCUACAGUCCACCAGUCCUCACACAGUUACUGGAAGGCGGACUCCUGAAGUGUGCGUGUCUGUACCUGAACAAGCUCAGCCCUCUCACUCCAGGACAAACAGCAGAAGGUCAGCUGAAGCAGUUUCACCACAAAAUGUAGAGGGAAGACAAAAGCACUCCAGUACACAGGUGGAUAAACUGAAAGGAGAAGGCUGGUUUGCGCUGUCUGCUCACGUCCGAAAGCUUGAGUGACCGGUGGGAUGCUAUAUCUGCACACAGCUUCCAUUCUUUUAUUCUAUUUUAGUUUUUAAUCUUGCACAUGUCAA